CUUACGCGCUCAAAAAGAUUAAUAUCGCCUCGCGAAACGAGAUAGAGUCGCGCGAAAAAAUGAAUUUAAAAUCAAAAUAGCAAAGCUUAUCGACCCCUCCUUCGUCUUUUUACGAGAGCAUAAACGCACGAGAGAGGCUGCCACGCUGCUUCGUUUUUAAAGGCUCAUAGGUCUCGGUCUGAUAUUUUCAGUGUUUCCGAAAAAUUGUGAAUCGCUCGACGCAUUUCAGACGACAACGACGACGUCAGUCUACAUCUAGAAUAUUAUAUUGCACGGUAGUUUUUGUUUUGCGUUGUUAUUUCAAUUGGGAAUUGAAGUAAGUUUAUUCAGCAUUUAUUGAGAAGUAGUGUAGUGCAGAUCGAUGAAUUCGACUUCAGGAAGUAUAAGAGUAUGCAACAAAUAAAAUAAAUCGUUCCUGGUUAAUUAUUCUAAUUUGGUUCCUUUUUUUCUUAUAAAUACUACGAAAUUCUCGACGUGGGCUUUUUUUCGUGGCAACUUUUCAUUAAUCUCGCGAUACUGGAAAUGUUAACAGAAUGUGUGCAUUCUCGCAAUUGAUUGGGCGCUGCAGCUGCAAUUCUAUCAUUAAUUUUAAACCGAUCAUACGCUAGAAUACACUGUCGAUCGGAGCUUCUCUUACACAUUUAGAUACUAGUUGACGAUGUUACGUGGCAGAGAAUAAUGAAUUAAAAAUAGAACAAAAAUGUACCUAUUUCUUUUUAUAGAAAGUGAAGAAGUCUCUGAUAACACCAUGACUUUAGAAAUGGAAAAACUGUCUUUAGAGGGAAUUAUAGAUGAAGCGUUGCUGGAUGGCGAGAAAAAGGCUUUCGCCAAUGGAGUCCUGUAUGGACGAGAAUACGAAAAACUCGACAUUCCCGAAUAUGAUGACGUAGAAAAAUGCGAAGUAGCAGGCUGGAAGAUCGGCAGCACUUCCCAAGAGAAUUCCGGAGAACCGAGGCUCGUGCGAGUCGGCUUGAUUCAGAACACGAUCGUUCUGCCGACCGACGCAUCGACCGAAGAACAUCGCCAGGCAAUAUGGGGCAAAAUCGCCGCCUACAUCGAUCACGCGGCCGAAUGCAAGGUCAACAUCGUGUGUCUGCAAGAGGCUUGGACGAUGCCGUUCGCCUUCUGUACGCGGGAAAAGAAGCCCUGGCUCGAGUUCGCCGAGCCGGCCGACGAGACGGGCUGGUCGACCGAGAAACUGUGUGCACUGGCCAAGCAGCAUAAGAUGGUGAUAAUCUCGCCGAUCCUCGAGAGGGACCCGAUCGGAGAUAAGAUCUGGAACACGGCGGUGGUGAUCGGUAGCGAUGGCCGGAUCCUGGGCAAGCAUCGCAAGAAUCGGGUCGGCGACGUUAACGAAUCAACGUACUACAUGGAAGGUGACACCGGUCAUCCGGUUUUCGAUACUGAGUUCGGAAAGAUCGGUGUCAACAUCUGCUAUCGGAGGCAGCAUCCUCUGAACUGGCUAAUGUUCGCUGCGAAUGGAGCCGAGAUUGUGUUCAAUCCGUCGGCCAUCGAUGGUCAACAAUCCGAGCCGCUGUGGGUCAUCGAGACGCGAAACGCCGCCAUAGCCAACGGUUACUACACCUGCGCGAUAAAUCGCGUCGGCACCGAGCGCUUCCCCAACGAGUUCACCUCGGGAGACGGCAAGUUUUUCGGCUCGUCCUAUGUGGCAGCACCCGAUGGCUCGAGGACUCGUGGCCUCAACCGACACAUGGACGGGUUGCUAGUGGCCGAGCUCGAUCUCAACCUCUGUAGACAAACAAGAGCUUUCUGGGACUAUACAUUAACUUCGUCGCCACGGCUCCUUUCGCUCUUAAUGCCAAUGAAGAUUGCUAAAUCUGGUCGAUUUUCCUAGCGACCGACAAA